AAACUCGUUAUCUGAUCUGCGGCUACAUUAUAAUUCUCAAAUCUGGUGAAGUAAGAUCAAUGUGAGAUUGUAUUAAAAUGAAUUGGAUAAUUUCUUUACUAACUGUGACAAUCUUAAUGAAUCGGAUUGAUGCUGUAAUAUAUUAUUUAAACGACACGGAGUAUAACCGCAUGCCUCCUGUGUUCAAAUUAGACGACUACCAAGCUUGUCUCCGUAAGACAGACGGUAUUUACUGUACAGUGGAAUUUAAUUUGGUGUCCAACACUGAAAGUGAACUUCUACAAUUGAUUAAAGAAUAUUCCGAACAAACACGAACACAUUAUAAUCAUUCACAAUUAACUCACGGCAUUUGUGUCAAUGACCGUUGUCAAAAUUAUAUAAGAAGUGCUAGUCUCGCCCAACGUUCGUCCCUGGAGCAAUGUCUCAAUGACAUAUUUAUAAGGGAAUACCAAUUGACAACUCAAGUGACAGAAUUCACAUGUUCAAGCAGAUAUCAGUCUAGAGAGGAAUUUGACACGCUUGAUAAAGCAGUAGCGAUACUGGUAAUCAUUAUUUUGGGGUUAAAUAUAACCGGGAGUUUAUAUGAUAUACGAUAUAAAAAACAAGCAACAGACGAAGGUUUCCUGCUCUGUUUUUCACUACCACGCAAUUGGAAACGACUCACAACAUAUGCAAGCGAGUCAGACUCUCGAAUAGAAAGAUUCAAAUCACUCAAUGGGAUACGAUGUAUCAUUUUAUUCGGUGUAGUGAUGGUUCACAGCACAUGGCCCAUGAUACGAGCGGGAGAAAACUCUCAUCAUUUGGAGCUGAUGUAUUAUAAAUUGAGACAGAACUUUUUACUGAGUGGCUCCUUGGCGAUACAGUCCAAUAUUGUCAUAUCGGGAUUUCUGUUGGCCUACAAUAUGGAAGUUUUUUCGGAAACCAAUAAUAUCAACUGGUACAUUAUACCAAAGGUCAUAAUACUGAGAUAUUUAAGACUUACACCAAUUUACGCUCUCGUGGUAGCGUUGAAUGCUUCGUGGAUAAAAUUUCUUGAACGUGGUCCGCUGUGGCAGGUAUCCGUUCAACGUUUGUUGUCUCAUUGUAGAAGCGAUUGGUGGCGUAACCUCCUUUACAUAAAUAACUAUAAAUACCAUGCUGUCUGUUUAAUGCCUACAUGGUAUCUGGCAGUGGACAUGCAGUUGUUUUGCCUCGGGAUCAUAUUGUUUGUACUUUUAAGAAAAAAAAGCUAUCAAAAACCUGUUCUGAUAACAAUCUUGAUCUUAGGAAUGAUUACCAUAGCCGUUCAUACUUACGUCCGUGAUCUAAACGCAAUAUUCAUGAUAUCACCUCAAGAAUGUAGAAAUCUUUUUGAGACCGAUUCUACAUUUAACGAAACUUAUAAAAUGGGUCACACAAAUGUACCCAGCUUCAUUAUUGGUAUGAUGGCUGGCUAUUACGUAUACGAAUCUCAAAAAAGUGGACUGAAGUUAUCAAGUAGUAGGAUAUUGCAGUUCAUGUACUGGUCUCUGGUCCCUCUGGGAGCAGUCUUGAUGUUCUCCGGAGAGCUUUUCUAUCGAGACGCCCCACGGGAUCCUGUAGCGGUGCGAGCCGCCUAUGCAGCUCUCUCCAAACCCUUGUUCGGAACUUUAUUAGCUCUGCUCAUUGUUGGAACAAUAUUUAAGAUUGACAAUCUCUACCGUAAAGUAUUAGAAUCCAAUCUCUGGACCAUCCCAAACCGACUGAAUUUUUGCGUAUUUCUCGUAAACUUUACUCUUAUAAAGCUGUAUGUAGGAAAGAUGCAGUCUUUAAUCGUGAUUUCUAAUACGACUAUGGUGCUUUUGGCAUUUUCGACGAUUGUGGCAUCUUUUGUGGUGGCUGUACCACUUUGGAUGCUUGUAGAGAUGCCCUGCGCUAGAGUUACAAAGUACUAUUUUACGCGAAGAUUUUUCAAAAAACUGAAUAAAAAUGAGUGAACCGUCACACCGCGUUUGAAAAGACACAU